GAUAUGUGCAUUGCAGAAAAUAUUUAUAACUUGAGAAUAAAAGUGAUUGGCCCCGCUCUCUCUCUCUAUAUAUAUAUAAUAUAUAUCUGUAAAUAGCCAUGCAUGUAGCAAAACUGAAAAACCUGUUGAUCAUCGCUGAAUUCUUUUUUCAAAUACAUCACAUAGCAUUUGUAUACAACACUAACAAAAGGUAUUGAUACAUUGUUGCGGCCAACAAACGGUAGAACGAUCACUGUGGAAGAAAAAAAAAGUCGCUACCAACACGCAUGCAGUGCGAAUGAAAUAUGUUGCCAAUGUAUUGCUUUUUUAUGAAUGAGAGAGUUUAGUUGGUAUGUUGCUAUCGUGCACAUUGAACUUGAGCAUUACCAUUCUUCUGGCAUUUUGACACGAAGACUUCAUCUUGUGUGUCAAUUUUUGUUGUGUUGUAAAUUUUGUUCUUGCUGUCAACAGUUGUUGAUAUUUUUGCAUUUAAUUUAUCAACAUUUACUUCAUUUUCAUGAUUUCAUUUUAAAAUCGACACUGGAUAGAAAAUACAUCCAAACCGUCGUGAAAUUCGUUGAUGAAUAAUCGUCUGCAUUGUUAGUGUCAGUUGUCAAGUGAAGCGAAUAGACGUUAAUAUGGCUCAAUCGAAUGGAAAAACGGUACUUGUGACGGGCGGAGCUGGUUACAUUGGUUCACAUUGUGUUGUUACUCUACAAGAGGCUGGCUACAAAGUCAUUGCAUUGGAUAAUUUUGCCAAUUCAGUCGAUGAUGGAUGCGAUGGAUCAAUUGCACUUAAACGAGUUGAAAAAAUUACCGGUGAACCGGUCACGUUCUAUAAAUGUGAUCUAUUGGAUACGGUUUAUUUGGAGAGAAUUUUCCAAAAUCAUCAAAUUGAUUCGGUAAUUCACUUUGCUGCAAUGAAGGCGGUCGGUGAAUCGAUGCAAUAUCCCAUGUUAUACUAUAAAAACAACAUUAUUGGCAUGAUCAAUUUGUUGGAAAUCAUGAAAAAGUAUAAUAUUUACAAUUUGGUUUUUUCGAGCUCGUGUACGGUUUAUGGUGAACCAGAAAAAUUACCAAUCACCGAAGAGAAACGAAUUGGUCAAAGCAUCACCAAUGUAUAUGGUCGCACGAAAUUUUUCAUCGAAGAAAUUUUAAAAGAUGUUACCAAUUCGGAUGAUAAAUGGAAUAUAAUUGCAUUGCGCUAUUUUAAUCCGGUCGGUGCACAUGGAUCCGGUCUCAUCGGUGAAGAUCCAACCAAACAAUUUACAAAUUUGAUGCCGUUUAUUAGCCAAGUGGCGAUGGGCAAAAAAGAGAAACUCACCAUUUUCGGAAAUGAUUACGAUACACCAGAUGGUACUGGCAUUCGUGAUUAUAUUCACGUCAUGGAUCUAGCCAGCGGUCAUGUUGCCGCCCUCCACAAACUCGAAAAGUCACAUAUUCAAAUUAAGGCCUACAAUUUGGGUACUGGUCGUGGUGUAUCGGUUUUGGAACUGAUCAAAACGUUUGAGCAAACGAAUAAUGUUAAAGUUCCAUUUACAUUUGAGGCUCGUCGACACGGUGACAUCUCCACGAUGUAUGCGGAUCCUUCAUUGGCCGAACGUGAGCUGGGAUGGAAGGCGACCCGUUCAAUUCAAGAGAUGUGCUCUGACUUUUGGCGAUGGCAAACUAUGAACCCCGUUGGCUAUAAAACCGUUUUAACAAAUGGUCACAACCACUAAACGACUCUUUUCAUUCCUUAACGGCAUGUAAUUCGUGUACGUCUUUCGCAUUUUCUGCAUUGAAUAAUUGUAAAUGUUGUAGUUUUAAAACUUCCAAGCCGAUUGAUGUACAAUUUGGCAAUAAAUAUCUAGCAAAUAUCUCUAAACUCGAAAUAUCACAGUCCGAUCCACGCAUAUACGGUAUAAAAAGAUCUGCAAAAAAAAACAUAAAUUAUAAACCCAUAAAUUCUGAAUAUACAAUAAAACCUAAGAAUAUAUACGUAA